AUGUCACUGAAAUCGGUGGUUAUGGGCGAUGAUCGCGAAACAUCCAUCAAACAGCAGAUUGUUUCCGUGCAUAAAGCACUGAACAAGAAUGAAGUACCACUGAAGCACAAGCAUGCGCGGCAAGUGAUAAUGGGUACGCAUAAGGAGAAAUCGUGUACCAUCUUCUGGAACUGUAUUUCGCGCAUUCAGCUCGAAAAAAAUCCUAUUAUAUCCUGGAAAUUUUGUCAUCUCCUUCAUAAGCCAUGUCAAGCAGUUGAGAAGAGGAAACCAUUGAAACCAGAGGAAACCAUCUCCAAAUGCUCUGAGUGA